AUGGGAACAUUGGUGGGUCACAUUUUACCAGGCUUUUUCUUCUUUGCACUUGGUCUUUGGCACCUCUUUAGCCACAUCAAAUUAUUUUCUCUACACCCAAAAUCAUACGUAUCACCUUUAUGGUUUCCCGUAUCCAAACCAAGAUAUUUAGAGCCUCUCGCAAUCAUUAUAGGCUCCUCACUUUCCAUUUCUGUGGAACUCUUCCUUGGCCAAAAGAAUCACCAACCAUUUGAUCCCAAUGAUGGAACCAUCCCAUCAAACCAUCUCCAUAACUUUGAACACUCUUGCAUCUCUCUCACCUUCAUCACCUAUGCAGCUUUCGCCAUUGUCUUUGAUAAAACAAGACCAGUGGCUCAUCGCUCCCUCACCAACUUGAUCGCUGCCCUCGCCUUCGCACAGCAACUCUUCCUCUUCCAUUUCCACUCGUCAGACCACACGGGCGUUGAGGGACACUACCAUUUGUUGCUCCAACUGGUAGUUUUUGUCUCUUUGGUCACAACACUCUUGGGAAUCGGCUUACCAAGUAGCUUCAUGUUGAGUUUUGUUCGGUCCCUUAGUGUUUCUUUCCAAGGAAUAUGGCUUAUGUCAAUGGCUUGCAUGCUUUGGACGCCAAGUUUGGUUCCCAAGGAUUGCUUUCUUCACGUUGAAGAGGGUAAACAUACCAUUAGAUGCUCAAGCGCCAAAGCUCUUCAUAGGGCAAUAUCAUUAGUAAAUAUCCAAUUCAGCUGGUUUCUUGUGGUUGUGACAAUCUUUGCAAUGUGGUUCUAUAUAUUUUUGCAAAGGAUCUACGGUGAGAAAAUUGAAUAUUAUGCGCUUCGAACAAAGGAAUCCAAAGACAUGGAGAUCAUGAUGACCAUGGUCGAAGUUCAUGAUCCCGAGUCACAUAUUGGAGUUAAGUCACUAGCUUGAGAAAUCAUGGCCACCAAUUCAAAACUACGAAUUUCUCAUUAUGUAUUUCUUAAUCCAAUUAUGAGAACUUGAUUAUGUGUGUACAUAUAUAUAGAGACAUGUAGUUGUUUUUAUCUAAAUGACAUUAGCUAGAUAAGCUAAGAGACAAUCCAUAUAUGUAGAAUGUGUUAUUAAAGUGCCGUAUUCUAAUAUGUUGUCUA